AUGUCUGAAUCUUGGGCAAAGAGCGAAUCAUCGGGUCAGGCGACCGGUUCGAUUUAUGCAUCAACAAUUCUACAAUCUGCAAUACAAAUGCAGAUAGCUACGAAGGAAGGUGUAGAAAGCCAAGAAGAUAUAGAGACUUCGCCUUCAUAUGUUGGCUGGGCAAAGUUCAUCCAUGAUAUCGGCAGCAACCAGGUAGAUCGAAUGUUUUGGCGCCACAAGAUUGAAUUUUCUGCCCAGGACUAUCUGUGGGGUUCUAACCACGAGAGCGUAUCCAACCUACCAAUGGUCGAUUACAAGUCGAAGUGGGAGAUGCUGAAAGUAAUUCCAAUCGAUACAGCAAACCCCAUGAGAAACCGAGCUCCGAAUGCCAAUGUCGGAGGCAGCAUGGCUUCAUUAGGCGUUGGGGAAUAUGGAUCUACGACUUUAGGACAGGCGUUCCCAGGAAACUUUACGAACAUUGUGGCCGAACAAGCAAGACAGUAUCUGAUGAGCUUCCCUGGAAAUGAUGCAUCAGGAUCCAAUCCGCAGCAUAGUUGGUUUCGACGUAUAGCUAGAGGGCAGAUUACCGACAGCGAACACCUCGAAAUAUUAUCUGACGAGCUAUGCUACAGAAAUGCACUGACUGGAGUAGCCACAAGAUAUAAGGCCUUUCUUGAACUACAAAUGGAGGAUGCCCAUCUAUUCGACACCUGGGCAUGGGUACAGGAACAAGAACCUAAUGAGCAAUGGGACCGCUUCUCGAAAAUCCACGAUGCGAUCCAUGAUGCCUCAAUUUUCGGCCACCCAGCACCAAGUCAAGGCUUCUUUUUUGCUAAACCUACAGAAUACUUAGCAAUUGCAUUUGUUAAAUCAGGCCGAUCUAUGGAACAAGUCCUUGCUGAGAUUAAGAAGUUGGCAGCUUUUCGGGGUGUUAUGGUGUCGUUUGUCCAAAAACCAAUCCUCGAUAAUCCCGAGGUUCAGAGGCGAAACAACAGAUUUUUCCGCACCUUUACCCGCCUCGGGCAACGGUUGAGAUCACUCUCCCCGGGAAAAAACAAGGAGAAGACCCCUAAAAAGGAGAGAGAGAAGAAUAAUGGGGAAGCGAGCGGUAGUAAUAGGUUCUAGAUUU